AUGCGGGUCGACGUGUUGGCUGUCGCUCUUUCGGCGUGGUUCUUUGGUGGAUCGAAGGCUGAUCCUGUUGUCCGGUCGUUUCCUCUUUAUGCCAACCAUACUACGAACAGUUCGACGCUCUCGAGUACUUCAAAUUCGAUUACGUCCUCCACGCUCGUUGAAGAGACGACAACGCGUUCGUCUUCGUCAGAUGCGACACUUUCGACAGGCUUCAAUUCCACCACACCCUCUAGUACCAUAGCGAGCGCCUCGAACUCGCUUUUACAUGAUAUAUCAGAGCCGAGUAGCACUGGUAACAUCGCGCACAAUGAGUCUAUAUCGACGACCGCGGAGACUUCGCUGCACGCUACGGCGAAUUCGAGUAGUUCCGACAGCAUCGCGCACAACGAAACUGUUUCCUCGACCGCUGGAUAUUCAUCGCAUGCUACGGCGAACUUGAGUACCAGCGCUACGAGAGGACUAGGCGCGUUCAUUGCUGCUGGAUUGGGCAUUUCCUCCUCGUCCAGCUCGCCAUUGACGACCUCUGCCACCACAUCGAAUACUUCGACCGUUAGCAUACCUCCAGUCAAUUCGUCGACAACACGGCUGUUCCACUCAGGCGCGAUCUUGGCUGCAUCCAACGCGACUGUGCACUCCACAGGAUACACGAUCCACGCGACAGGCACAGGUUCACUUGGACCACUUCCAACUCUCCACAACUCCACGCACCAUCGCAACAGCACGAACGACACCUGCUGGGCGGAAUGGAACAGCUAUUGGGACCUUGUGAGACCUACCGUGUCGACGGACGUGGAAACAACAUACACCUACACUGUCACUUCCUACAUUGAAAUCCCCCUUUCGAGUACGUCUUACACAACGUUCAUUGGGACCGAUUUCGCCGGUACAUACAUCAGAGACACGUAUACAGUGACAGAGCCAAUCACCGAGAUCGAUACAUGGUCUGUUUUUGGGCCUACCACAUACACAGACUUGGUUCCAACUAGUGUUGGACAGAAUCCACAUGCCACGACGCCUGCAUGUGUGCUGCCUUCAUCAGUCUCCGGCUGCCAAUCUUCCUGGGACUUUUGGGCCUCUCAUCAGUACGUAGAACCAACUUAUUACGACGCUGUUCCGUCUUCUUGUUUCUGGUACAACACAUCACUACCUCCCGGACCUUCGGCAACAUGUGAUUCCUUGAUGAGCAGUGCGGGAUCCGCAGAUGAAUCGUGGUACUCUAUCCAGAGUUCUAUAGCUCCGCUAUGUACGCAAGCAUCGAUCGGGGGCGAUGUCUGCGAGAACCUUAGAGAUGACUUUGCACCUUCGAACGGCGGAGGUGGCAUGUGGCAGACUACACCGAGUCCGUGGCCUGGAAGCCAGGUACUCGCUCCCAGCUGCACUGUUGGCUGUGGUCAAUGCCGUGUUACUGGAGGUACUGUACAGCUUCUCUACUGGCCACCAGCAACAGCAUCCCCUUCACCAGGACAGAUUGUGACAGCGACUGGCUUUGGGACUACGUUCACCAGCCCUACACUCUACAUUUCAUUCGACAGCCUCUACGCCUCCGAUUUCUGCAGCGCAAUCGGCACGACGAUUCAGAACACCAUCCUCCCAAUCACGAACUCAGCAACACUAUCCAGCAUCUACGGCUGGAACGCCGGUGGUUACUCCCUGCCCAGCGCAUCCUUCAACUUCACCGACCUAUACCAGACCCCAGUCGCACAAUCAAUAUGGGAAUCACAAGUCUGGUGCGCUUCCCUACGAUUCAUAUACGACAGCAACGUCCACAAAAACCGCAACUUCACAUGUCCGAGGGACGGCGAAUAUGAACCCCUCAUCGCACUACCAAACGAAGUCCGUGGUGCAGAGCCUGCCUGGGCGAGCUGUAUUGGAGCCUUGAAUGGCGCGUAUGAUCCUCCUCUGGCGCUUUCCGCUGCAACGGCGGAGGUUCUCCCGACUCGUCCUGGUGGUGGUCCUUCGCCGACGACGUCGCCUGCGCCGGGUUGGACGCCUACGCAGGGCCAGAGCCAUCCUACGAGUACCCCUGUCGGGCAGUCGGAUCAGCUACCUCCUGCGUCUUCUGAUCCGCCCAAGCAGAGUCCGGGCUCUUCGCCGACUGAGGGCGGUGAGCAGCCUCCUGCCUCGACGGGUGGUAUUGGGAAUCAGGAUCCGAGCAAUCAGAAUCAGAAUCGCUCUGGAGGGAGUGGUAGUCAGAAUUCGAACUCGAACUCGAAUGGUCAGAACUCGAACGGUCAGAACUCGAACGUUCAGAACUCGAACAGCCAAAACUCGAACAACCACAACUCGAACAACCAGAACUCGAACUCCAACUCGAACAACCAGGAUUCAAACUCCAACUCGAAUCAAAACUCCAACAGCCAAAACUCGAACAAUCAAAACUCUAACAACGACAACAACAAUGGUCAAAGUGGAGGCGGUCAAACCAGCGACAGCCAGAACACCAAUAGUCAAAACCAAGGAUCACCCAGCCAGAACGAUCAGAACAACGAACAAGCGGCUCCUGCAAACGCGCUGUCUGUAUUGGAGAGUGCAGUCGACUCGGCUUCCAACAACGCCAACACAGCGGUACCUCUUCCUAACUCUUCGCCAAAUAAUGGGGCCGGCUUGAAUUCAGACUCUUCGAAUCAAAGUGGCGGGUCAGUCAUCGUCGCUGGGAAUAAUGGUGAUUCUAUCACGGCCUCGCCUCAAGGCAGCUCUGCUGUUGUUGUCAAUCAGGGCGGCUCACAAGCGACGAUACAAGCUGGACAACAGACCGUGGUUGGCGGCCACACAAUCAGCGUCGGCUCUUCAGCGAACUCCAUUGUUGUGGAUGGCGCGACUAAGGCGUUUGGAGGAGGACAAGCAGGGGUGACGCCUGCGCCUGCUGCUGUUCUUGCUGCCAGUGGUCAGUCGUUCACGGCAUCCGCACAAGGUAGCAAUGUCGUCGUCGCUGUGGGUGGAAGCAGCAUAACUUUGGCUGAUGGCAGCGCAACGACCAUUGCUGGGCAAAGGGUUAGUGCGUUGCCUGAUGGAUCGGGGCUUGUUGUUGGAAGCCAGACUCUGGCGUUGCCACAAAAUGCUGUCGCCAGCUCAGGCUCUGGAGCUCCUGCCGUGUGGACCGACAAUGGGAAGACCUUCACGGCAACACCGAGCGGCAACUCGGUCAUCGUAGCUGAGGGCGGAUCGACAAUUACCCUCGCUGACGGCUCUGCAACGACAAUCGACGGCGAAGUCAUCAGUGCUCUUCCAUCCGGACAAGGCGUUGUUAUCAACGGAGCUUCGACUAUCAGCUUCGCCAGUGCGGCUUCUUCUGAAUCAGGUGCAGCCAUCACCUUCACCGAGCACGGCCAUGCAAUCACGGCAACACCAAUCCCAGGUGCUAUCGUAGUUUCAGACGGCAGCGGCACCAUCACUCUGAAAGACGGCUCAAGCACUGUCUUCGAUGGAGAGACCAUCAGCGCACUACCCUCAGGUCAAGGCCUCGUCGUCGACGGGAGUUCCACCAUGCUCUUCCCCACGGGAAGUUCUUCACGUCACGGAGAGGCCACAUUCACCGAGCACGGACAUACCAUCACAGCAAGUGAUAUCCCGGGUGGCGUGGUCCUGUGGGAUGGCAGCAGCUCCGUCACUGUCAAAGACGGCUCGAGUACGAUCUUCGAAGGCGAGACCAUCAGUGUGCCGAGCAAUGGGCAAACAGUCGUUGUCGAUGGGACCACGAGCGCGUUGGAUGGAGCAACGACAGCGACUACAGCAGGUGCGAACAAGAAUGAUCCAGGCUCGGCGAUUGGAACGUUGCCAGCGGAUCGACCUACGCCUGCUAAUGGGUCUGAUGGCCAAAGAAUAGGGGCAUCUUUGCUGCUGGGCUUAGUUGGCCUUUGUGUUGUGUUUUCGUUCGUGUAG